CAAAAUGAAGAUCAGGUAUCUUUGGCCCGGUUUUGGGCCCAAAAAAGCAAAGACCCUGAGGGAUUCACCAUUAAGCAGUUUGAUGUCAAAGGUAGAGGUGUAGUGACAGACACCCCAAGACAAAAAGGUGAUUUUCUCCUCAUCUAUGAUGGUGAGAAAGUCACUGGUAAAGAAGGGGAAGAAAGGGAGAAGAAAUCAGCAUCCUGCUUCCGCUACUUCUUCAAAUUCAAUUCAAGAACAUAUUGUGUUGAUGCCACUCAGGAAACUGGCCGUUUAGGCCGUCUUGUAAAUCAUGGUGAGGUGGAUGAGAGGAACAGCAAAAUGCUCAGAAUAUCAGACAACAAAGGGAAUCACAUUCUGGCACUGAUUUGUACAAG